AUGCAGCAUUUCAUUCGAUCCGUGCUUGGCUUCCCCGCGGAUUUGCCCUUCGCCCCGGACUGCCAACGGUCGUCUGGGCCGGAAGCUCCUCGCUAUGACGCCAUCUGCAAGCUCUGGAAGCGAAAGGGAAAUAAGGAUGGACACCGACCCGGUCGUUGGACGUCACGAGCGAGCGAGCGACCGCGUCGGGGAAAUUGCGAAGCCAAUGAGGCCGGGGCGCAUCAUCGGAGAACGGGCGCAGAAGAGGAUCCUAUGUCUUACUUUGCCCGUCCGGAGCUAGUGCGCCACGAGGUGGAGGCGAAGGCCAACUUCGGGAGCCGAUCAAUGGACAAAAGCAACUACGGUAUGGCAUGUGGUGCUGCAAUGAGCCUCCCCCAAGAAGCAGAUGGCGUACACGAUGGGGCCAGAAGCCACCGAGGGCACAAUGACGAUUCUCGCGGCCGCGAGUGUGCGCGAGUGUACUUUUGUAUGCCACCGACCAUUGAAGGCGAAAAUACGGAGUGCAGGAUGGCGCGUGGAGAAUGA